AAAGAAAAGUUCCGAGAACAUGGUCGACCAAGCAGUUUUGGAUAAACUGGAGGCUGGCUUUGCCAAAGUGUCCUCCUCCGACAGCAAGUCCUUGCUGAAGAAGUAUCUGACCAAGGAGGUCUUCGAUCAGCUGAAGACAAAGAAGACUUCCUUCGGCUCCACACUGCUCGAUGUGAUCCAGUCCGGUGUUGAGAACCUGGACUCCGGCGUCGGUAUCUACGCCCCGGACGCCGAGUCCUACACAGUUUUUGCUGACCUCUUCGAUCCGAUCAUCGAGGAUUACCACGGUGGCUUCAAGAAGACGGACAAGCAUCCGCCGAAAGACUUUGGAGACGUCGACACGCUCGGAAAUCUUGACCCAGCUAGUGAAUUCAUCGUUUCCACCCGUGUGAGAUGCGGUCGCUCGUUGGAUGGCUACCCGUUCAACCCAUGCUUGACCGAGGCUCAGUACAAGGAGAUGGAGGAGAAGGUCUCCAGCACGCUGUCUGGUCUCGAGGGUGAACUGAAGGGAACCUUCUAUCCCCUGACCGGCAUGAGCAAAGAGGUCCAGCAAAAGUUGAUCGACGAUCACUUCCUCUUCAAGGAGGGUGACCGCUUCUUGCAAGCUGCCAACGCUUGCCGCUUCUGGCCCACCGGUCGUGGUAUCUUCCACAACGACGCUAAGACCUUCCUGGUCUGGUGCAACGAGGAGGAUCAUCUCCGUAUCAUCUCCAUGCAAAUGGGCGGCGAUCUUGGACAGGUGUAUCGCCGUCUGGUGGGUGCCGUGAACGAGAUCGAGAAACGGCUUCCGUUCUCUCAUCACGACCGUCUCGGUUUCCUGACCUUCUGCCCGACCAACCUGGGCACUACGGUCCGUGCUUCGGUGCACAUCAAGCUGCCCAAGCUGGCCGCGAACAGGGCGAAGCUCGAGGAGAUCGCAGGAAAGUUCAACCUCCAGGUCCGUGGAACCCGCGGCGAGCACACCGAGGCCGAGGGCGGUAUCUACGAUAUCUCCAACAAACGGCGCCUCGGCCUGACCGAGUACCAGGCUGUGAAGGAGAUGCACGAUGGAAUCGCCGAGCUGAUCAAACUCGAGAAGGAACUUUAAAAAAUACGAAGCAACAUGCGAUCAAUUCCCUCUUUUAUUUGCCCUUUAGAUGUUCUUGAUACAUCGAGGAUCCCUCCUUAUGGAUAGAGAAAACAAUUCUUUGAUCUUCACAUUGUUCUCCGCCGAGACGAAAGAGAAGCGGGUUUGCAAAAAAUGAUUUACGUUUGAAACGUGUCGUCUGUUCGCUCUACUUCGAACGGGAGAAGAUAAAAAAAAAAUGUAUUCCAAACGAGAAAGAGAAGAAGAAAAUGAAACGAUUUCUAAAAGACAAUGGGGCAUUUCUUGAUCCACAGGUUUUUGUAACGUGGAAUAAACUAAAGAGAGGGGAGAACUAUUCUGUCUCCCAAUUUUUAGGUAGGCGUUCAUCGGUCCUCGAUGUGCUGAGACCUCUUUUCACGCAGCUACGAGCGCGUUCUUAGAGUUCCAAAUAGAGGCGACGUAUGAGCACCGUUCGUGGUGAAACGAAUUCUAGAGAAGUCCUAGUUCGCCUAGUCGAGAUCUAGAGAUCGGAUCGCGUAGAUAUCCUCAGUUACGAGUAAUGUCUGGGAUUCUUAUCGUGAACGGUCAGCUUUGCGCGUCUCCACGCUCCUGGCCCCUUCUACACACCUGUUACGGUUACUAUUACUACUACUAUUAUUAUUAUUAAUUAUUAUUAUUAUCGUUAUUAUUAUUAUUGUUCUCUUAUAUUGACUGAAGUUCCUUUCUAUCGAUCCAUAUGAACAAAACGAAAAAAACAGGAGAAAGAUACGCAUUACUAUUUUCAGCAGUAUUUUUAUUUUCGUCUCAACCACUAUCCGUUCUUUCUUUUUCUAAAAACAUGUAAUAUCCAACAUGUAGCAAAAAAUACACGCAGUAUUCUUUCAUUUCCUCUA